AAACGUAAAGCGCCGGCUUCCUGUAAAAGACUCCAACUCCCGGCAUUCCGCUGGCUUGAGGGUGUUCUGUGAUGCUUGACUGCCGAUGCUGCCAAGCAUCACUCCAGCCGCUCUUGGUGUGAGUUCGGAUCUGCCGGAGAGCAGCAGGAUGGACGGCACAUGUUUGCGGAGGAGAAGAGGUGGCCCGUACAAAACAGAACCUGCUACAGACUUAACUCGCUGGCGCUUGAGCAAUGAGGAGGGACGGCAGUGUUGGCGACAUGUGGCGGAUGGCGAGAAUUUUGACCGGGAGCAAACUGGACUGGAGGCACACUCCCUUGGGCUGGACACUAGUAAGUUCUUCCCAGUCUUGUCCAAGGCCAACACAGCACAGGAGGCAGCAAUAAAUGGUGUGCAAUUCUACUCAGGCUUACAGGCAGAGGAUGGCCACUGGGCCGGGGACUAUGGAGGACCUCUCUUUUUGUUGCCAGGGCUCCUCAUCACCUGCCAUGCUGCCAAGAUACCGCUACCAGAGGAAAGCAAGAAGGAGAUGGUUCGCUACUUGCGGUCAGUGCAGCUCCCAGAUGGAGGAUGGGGCCUGCAUAUUGAAGACAAGUCCACAGUGUUUUCUAUUGCUCUCAAUUACACUGCCAUGAGAAUUCUUGGGGUCAGUCCUGAUGAUCCAGACCUGGUGCGGGCUCGAAACAACCUCCAUAGCAAAGGUGGUGCUGUGAAAAUCCCUUCCUGGGGUAAAUUUUGGUUGGCUGUCUUGAAUGUCUACAGUUGGGAAGGAAUGAACACUCUUUUUCCUGAAAUGUGGUUGUUUCCUUCAUGGAUGCCAGCACAUCCUUCCACUCUGUGGUGCCACUGCCGCCAGGUUUAUCUGCCCAUGGCCUACUGCUACGGCAAACGCCUGACUGCAGAAGAAGAUGAACUGAUCCUGAGCCUCCGGCAGGAGCUCUAUGUGCAAGACUAUUCUACUAUUGACUGGCCAGCACAAAGAAAUAAUGUUGCUUCAGGCGAUAUAUAUACCCCACACAGUUGGCUUCUUACAGUGGCCUAUGCAAUACUGAACACCUAUGAGAGAUUCCAUAGCACAAGCCUAAGACAGCACGCCUUGGAAGUAUUGUAUGACCACAUCAGGGCUGAUGACCGAUUCACCAAGGCUAUCAGCAUUGGCCCAAUUUCUAAAACAAUCAAUAUGUUGGUGAGCUGGUACGUGGAAGGAGACAAGUCUCCUGCCUUCCAAGAACAUGUGUCCAGAAUCCCUGACUACCUCUGGCUGGGACUUGAUGGCCUCAAAAUGCAGGGCACCAAUGGAUCACAGCUUUGGGAUACAGCAUUUGCUGUCCAAGCUUUCUUGGAGGCAGGUGCCCACAAGAAACCUGAAUUUAACUCUUGUCUGUUACACGCUCAUGAGUUCUUCAGGAUCAGUCAGAUUCCAGAUAACCCUCCUGAUUAUGAGAAGUAUUACCGUCAGAUGAACAAGGGUGGGUUUCCCUUCAGUACACGUGACUGUGGCUGGAUUGUGGCUGACUGCACAGCAGAAGGAAUGAAGUCAGUGAUGCUGAUGCAAGAGAAAUGCCCUUUCAUCAAGGACCACAUUCCACCCAGCCGCCUCUUUGAUGCUGUGAAUGUGUUGCUGAAUAUGCAAAAUGCUGAUGGUGGCUUUUCUACCUAUGAAACAAUGCGUGGAGGCUGGCUGCUGGAGCUACUGAAUCCUUCUGAAGUCUUUGGUAAUAUUAUGGUGGAUUAUACCUAUGUAGAGUGUACAUCAGCUGUGAUGCAAGCACUGAAGCAUUUCCAUGAGCGCUUCCCCGAACAUAGGGCAUUGGAGAUCAGAGAGGUGCUCCAAAAAGGCUUGCAGUAUUGUCGGAGAUUGCAGAGAGCUGAUGGCUCCUGGGAAGGGUCCUGGGGCGUGUGCUUCACUUAUGGUAUGUGGUUUGCAUUGGAAGCCUUCGCUUGUAUGCAGCACACCUACCGUGAUGGAGUGGCCUGCAAAGAAAUAUCUCGGGCUUGUGAAUUCUUGAUCUCCAAACAGAUGGAGGAUGGUGGUUGGGGCGAGGACUUUGAGUCUUGUGAACAGCGCACUUAUGUUCAGAGUGCCACUUCUCAGAUCCACAACACUUGCUGGGCUCUCCUGGGACUCAUGGCUGUACGGUAUCCUGAUGUCAAAGUCUUGGAAAAAGGGAUCAAACUUUUGAUUGAUAAGCAGCUGCCAAAUGGGGACUGGCCCCAGGAGAACAUUUCUGGAGUAUUCAACAAAUCCUGUGCUAUUAGCUACACUUCCUACCGCAACGUUUUCCCCAUCUGGACCCUGGGGCGCUUUUCUCAUCUCCAUUGCACCAGCCCUCUUGCUGGCAAACUCUCGAGUGAGGCCUUAAAGAAUGGAGAGGGGAGCCUGGCCAGAGGAAAGGCAAAUGAGCACAGCUUCACGUUUGCGUCUUCCUAAGUUCGGGCUUGUCAUUGCCACUGGCAAAGAUAUGUAAAUGGCUCAUCUCCCUGAGAUUUUUUCCUAAUUUAUAAAUGACAUGGACCCUAAAUGGUAACUAGAAGGCUCUAUCUCACAGAAUCGGGAAGGAGGAAGAAGAGGAGGCUCGUCAUUGAUCGUCUUCUUGGUUCUUACUGUAGUUGUGCACAACAUACAAAGAGGAGUUGAUGCCUGGAAACAAUGGCAUCUUUGCAGGCUUCAUUCUGCUCCUGUAGAAUAAAUGGUCCACUUCACUCUUUAUAGGUGAGGCCAGUUUGUUUUCCUAGGUGAGCCGGCAGAGUCGGGGCCUUAUCCAGUCCCUUGACCAUCAGAUUCCACUAUCUGGGUGUCAUGUGCAACCUCAGGGUCCAUACUUCUAAUUUUGCUGAGUUGGAUGGGCACUGAACUCUAUCCAUGCUGCACAGAAUACUGAUGAUACUGAGUAGGCAUUAUCCUGCCAGUCCAGCAUAUGAUGGUUCUAAUGUGUGACAAUAACUUUAAAUAAUUGAUGUGAAUAAAGAGAUUUUUGUCAUGGUUUAUGUAGCCUUUCUCAAUAACCAAGCAACAGAUGGGGAAAAGGCAUUUGUCACAUAACAGUAAGGAGCAUGCACUAUGCUGUAAGAUAUUUUACAGUAAAUUGCAUGAGACAAGCAAUACAAAGGGGCUGAUAUGGCUCCCCUUUUGCUCUCCUGGAAAGUUCCUAUUCCAGCCACUUUUCAGAAAUUGAUUUCAAGGGGUUAUUAGUGGUGCCUUGUUUUGUUUUUUUCAUAUUCUGUCUUUUAAUACAUGUGUAAAAGCUUCAAUUUCAUGGAUGAAUUGUUUUCUAUAAUAACCUUUACAUAUUUGUACUAAUGGUUUUGGAUGUUUUUAACCUGUUCUUCAUAUUCUAUUAGGUGCCUUGAGUCCCAGUAUUAGGGGGAAAGCGGGGAUGAAAAUAAAUAGUAAAGGUAAAGGUUCUCCCUGACAUUAAGUCUAGUCAUGUCCAACUCUGGGGUUGGUGCUCAUCUCCAUUUCUAAACCGAAGAGCUGGCGUUGUCUGUAGACACCUCCAAGGUCAUGUGGCUGGCAUGACUGCAUGGAGCGCCAUUACUUUCCUGCCGGUGCGGUACCUGUUGAUUUACUCAUAUUUGCAUGUUUUCGAACUGCUAGGUUGGCAGAAGCUAGGGCUAACAGCAGGGGCUUAUUCCACUCCCCGGAUUGUGCCAGCCACAUGACCUAGGGUCUUUGGCUUAGAAAUGGAAAUCAUCACCAACCCCCAGAGUCGGACACGACUAGACUUAAUGUCUGGAGAAAACCUUUACCUCUACCUUUAACAUGGCAGCACCCUAACUCAGUUCUCACCUGCUCAUGCACUUAAGAUGUGGUCACUCAAGGACAGAAUCAAAUUGCCCUGCAUUGCAACUAAAAAUUAUAACUGAACCAUAUUCCUUUCUUUUCGUCUAUUGAUGACAUUGUGACUUCUGUAAUAACUAAGCUCUCUGAACAUGAGCUGUAAUUGCUAUGUCAACAUACAUAGCAAUUUUUGACAACUAACCAAUAAACGGUUUCUCUUGUCUUCA